UUUAGAAAUACAGUCUUGGAUAUAAAUCUUGCUGCACAGGCACAAGAGUUUCUUCGGGGCGUAUAGCUGGGUGUGGAAUUGUUCGGGUGUAGGAUAUGCGGCUUUACUAGGUGCUCUGCUGUCCUGAGGCCUGGCCAUGCCUGUGUGCAAGGAGAACCCCUGAAGUUCGCCUGGAGGAAGAAGCAUGCAGAGUUCCCCUGGAGGAGGCGUGGUUCCCAGGUUGUCCCCUGUGGGCAGGCAGACACUCCUGGCCUGCAGCUUUAUCCUUGCAGCAGCUUUGGGCCAGAUGAAUUUCACAGGUGACCAGGUUCUUCGAAUCCUGGCUAAAAAUGAGAAGCAGCUUUCACUUCUCAGGGAUCUGGAGGGCCUGAAGCCACAGAAGGUGGACUUCUGGCGUGGCCCAGCCAGGCCCAGCCUCCCUGUGGACAUGAGGGUUCCCUUCUCUGAAUUGAAAGACGUCAAAGCUUACCUGGAGUCUCACGGCCUUGCUUACAACAUCAUGAUAAAGGACAUCCAGGUGCUGCUGGACGAGGAGAGAGAAGCCAUGGCGAAAUCCCGCCGGUUGGAGCGAAGCACCAGCAGCUUCAGUUACUCCUCUUACCACACCCUGGAGGAGAUCUAUACCUGGAUUGACAACUUUGUAACUGAGCAUUCAGAUAUUGUCUCAAAACUUCAGAUUGGCCACAGCUUUGAAAAUCGGUCCAUCCUUGUUCUGAAGUUCAGCACUGGAGGUUCUCGGCGCCCGGCCAUCUGGAUUGAUUCUGGAAUCCAUUCCCGGGAGUGGAUCACCCAUGCCACCGGCAUCUGGAUUGCCAGGAAGAUUGUCAGUGAAUACAGCAAAGACCGCGUCGUAACAGAUGUACUGAACACCAUGGACAUCUUCCUGGAGAUCGUCUCUAAUCCCGAUGGGUUUGCUUAUACCCACAGCAUGAACCGCUUGUGGCGGAAGAACAAGUCCAGCAGACCGGGAAUCUUCUGCAUUGGUGUGGAUCUUAACAGGAACUGGAAGUCAGGCUUUGGAGGAAAUGGUUCUAACAACAACCCCUGCUCAGAGACUUAUCACGGGCCCUCCCCUCAGUCAGAGCCAGAAGUGGCUGCCGUCGUGGACUUUAUCAUGUCCCAUGGGAACGUCAAAGCUCUGAUCUCCAUCCACAGCUACUCUCAGAUGCUCAUGUACCCCUACGGCCACUCUCUGGAGCCUGUUUCAAACCAGGAGGAGUUGAUGUGGCCAGCGGGAUCACAGUUGACUGGGCCUACGACAGUGGCAUCAAGUACUCCUUCAGCUUCGAGCUCCGGGACACAGGGCGCUACGGCUUCCUGCUGCCCGCCGCGCAGAUCAUCCCCACGGCCCAGGAGACGUGGAUGGCCAUUCGGGCCAUCAUGGCGCACACACUGCAUCACCCCUACUGACAGCACUGCUGAGGGGAGAGCCAGAGGGGUAGCUUUCUUUUCCGAGGCCUGGGCUCUUCCUGAAACCCAGGUUAUGGAUCCCUUCCCCAUCCCUGCCCUGACUCCUUAGGAAAUAAAAACAAAUUUGAUGAGGCUUGGUGGCUUCUGGUGCUGGCUGCCACCCCUUUGGGCUCAGGAAGGGACAGGGCCUUGAAAGUGCCUCUUGGCCUCCUAGGCACCCAGGAGGACGGCGAGACUAGCAGGCAUUCCCUUUCUCCCUCUUACAAUGGGCUCGGGGCCAAAACAGAUAACACACUCCUUGGAGCUACCAAUAUCCACAUUAUCCCUUUGGCACUUAAAUGUUAAGGGGACCCUGGAAGGGGCAGUGUGUGAUCUGAAGGAGCGGAUCUCCAGGGGUGGCGUUUCUGGCACCCUGAGUGAGAGGUGGGUACAGACAUGCAACCUCCUCUUCCUGCCGCAUUUCCCAUCCUGGGUAGGGAGGAGUUGUUCAUUUUGGAGUGACCUGUUCAGAGUCCCCCACUUCAUCACCCAGAUAACAAAAGUGAACAAGUCACUGGUUUGUGACCUACUCUUCCUGGGUACCCUCAUAGGCUCCCUUGGUCUUGCGAGCGGAGUUGCAGCCAGUCAGAGCCAGUAUAGCAAAGCACUGCAGAUCCAGAGAGAGAGGUCCUCUUUCUCCUCACAUAGUCGUCAUGGUUGUCGUGCACUGAGAAGUUAGUCCAGGCAAGGCCAUUUACUGAGAAAGCACUUUAUCUCAAGGAGAGAUUCUGAGACACAAAUGAGCUGCCUUCUCCCAUCCUCAGGCUGCCUUGUACCUUUUGCGUUACCCCAUCACUGGGGAGCAGGGAUAGUGGGUCUGUUUGCCCUGCCUUCAGGGGCAAGCAGGCACCCCCAAGAACAGGAGGUCAGCUAGAGAGCUGAGUGGGCUUGUGUAAGUCUGAGGCAGAAAGCAAGACCUUCAUUUGCAAGGGCCAGACUUUUGCUUUGUUGUUGCUAAAGAACUGUGGGUACCAGAGAAUGGAUACAUGUAUGUGUAUGUCUGAGUCACUCUGCUAUGCAGUUGAAACUUUCACAACUCCAAUAUAAAAUAAAAAGUUAAAAAAAAAAACCAGAACUGUGGGUACCCACGAAUCAGCCCCUGCAGGACACAGAGUGCAGGGUUUUACAGACAGGGAAGAAAUGGGGGGAUGAUGGGAAUAAGAGCAAGUUCUACUUCCCAUCCAACCUGUAGAAGAAGACAGAAGUUGGACCAGUUAGUGGAAAGAGAGCAUCAGUGGUAAUCACAGCCCUAGGUAUGGGCCAUGUCCAAUAUGGUGCCUGAGCCAAAGAUUAACAGUGGCUGAGCAGGGGGUCUGGACAGGUGAUUAGAGGCAGCCAUAUGGCUGGGUACACAUCAGUAAUGCAGCUGUUGAGAGCUCUGAGCAAAGAAAUGAGGUUGGCAGUUGAGAAGGCCUAGGGUAGAGGCAAGAAGGCUGAGCCGACGGGCCAUGCAGCCAGUGGCCGUGAUGGCACGGUGGGCAUGCCUGUGUCCAGGGCCAGCUGUACCUCGAUCAUCUCCAGGAAAAGGGCCAGCGACAGAGGAGGAAAGAAUCCUGACUCGGGCUAGAGUUUCCCAAAAGAGACUUGAGUUUUUGUGUUUUUUUUUUUUUUAAAGCUGGAAGCAGCCUAGAAUUUCCAAGCUGAAUUUUUCUGCUAUUAACAGAAA